CGUCCCUCUCCUUCACAUUAAUUCCCUGAUUUUCUCGAGCUCCCAUCAUAUUUUCUCUGCUUCCCUCUCUCUGUUUUCUCUUCGCUUCUUGGCUUCGAUUCCGUUACACGCGAUUCGAACCCGUCGAUUUUCUCGGCGAGUUUUCCCGGAAUCCAAACAGGGGGUUUUCGCCGGGUAAUAUGUUUUCGUGGCUGAAGAAGCGCGCGGAUUCUUUAGUGAAACCCCUGCGGAUAUACAUCCGUACGAAGAGGGGCGAUCUCGGAGAUGACGUCAUCGCCGGCGACAACUCCGGCACCGGAGAGUCGUUCAUCUGGUACAAGGACCUCGAGAGGCAUUGCUUCGGCGACCUCUCCUUCGCCGUUGUUCGGGGCAACGAGGUUAUAGAAGAUAACAGCCAAGUCGAGGUCGGAGAGGACGCCGUUUUCGUCGGUGUCUACGACGGCCAUGGCGGAACUCAAGCUUCUCGGUUCGUAGCUGAUCAUCUCUUUAAUCAUUUCAUCAGAAUUUCGGGUGGAAACAGUGGGGCCUCAGAGGAUAUCCUGAGGAGUGCAUUUGCUGCAACUGAGGAAGCGUUUCUCACAAGAGUGGGAAUAGGGAAGCAGGUAGACCCGUUGAUCGCAGCCGCUGGAUCUUGCUGUCUUGUCGGACUUAUCUCCGGAGGGAUGUUGUAUAUCGCCAAUCUGGGCGAUUCCCGCGCUGUGAUUGGUUCCCAGGUCAGGUUUAACAAGAUUGUAGCCGAGCAACUGAACGAAGAACACAAUGCAAGAUUCGAAAAGGUUAGGCAGGAGCUAAGGGCGCAAAACCCUGACGACUCUCAGAUUGUUGUUCUCAGCAAUGGAGUGUGGCGUGUCAAAGGCAUCUGUCAGGUGAGUAGAGCGAUCGGCGAUGCAUUCUUGAAGCAUGAAGAGUUCUCGUUGAAUGGCUAUUCGAAUCCCAAGUACUAUAUCCCUGAGAGGCUCCGACGGCCUGCACUAUCAGCCGAGCCGUCUAUCACCACAAGAGUCCUCCGACCGAACGAUAAGUUUGUCAUCUUCGCAUCCGACGGUCUGUGGGAAUACUUGACGAACAAGCAAGCUGUUAAGAUCGUGCACAAAUACCCCCGGGAUGGUAUCGCGAGAAGGCUGGCGAAAACAGCGUUGAACUUAGCGGCUAAGAGGAACGAGAUGACAUACGAGCGUCUGAGGAGGGUAGAGGGGCAAUACAAGAGAGCCUUGCACGAUGAUAUCAGCGUGGUCGUCCUGUUCAUAGACCACGAUCUUCUGCAGCGACCUGACCCGGCCUCACAAGUUUCGAUGAAAAGCUUCGACAACUUUAUUGUACCUUCCGGGUUCUGCAACCUCCGUUAACUCCAUUCUCCAUUUUUGUUUCUGGACAUUACCCAUUUUUUAGAUUCAUUUCACUCACCAGACUUUUUUUUUUUUGGAGGGUUUUGCACAUAUAGAUUGGGAGAUUUGAAGAUUAGGGUUUUUUGAUUUCACUCACCCAUUUACACAUUCUUUUUUAGGGGUUUUGCACAUUUGGGAUUAGGGGAUUUAGGGUUUACUGCACGCCAAAAACUUUCGAGUUUGAGAGGUUAGUGGUUGACUCACCAAAGUCUCUGUGGUUGUAACGUUCCGAGGUUUAAUGAAAUUGAAGAUUUUUGGUAUUGGGCUG